AUGGCGGAGGGCGAGCAGAAGUCUGAGGAGAGCGAUGAGGAGGAGCUGCCUACUUUAUCCUCCCUGCUACAGCCGCCGCCACUGCUCGGCGCGUUGGGCCGCUGGCGGUCCUCAUCUUCCGCCACCAAACCGGGGAGGGCGGCAGGGGUGGUUGUGGUGGUGAGCAGUGGGAGCGAAGAGGAGGAGGAGAGGGAGGAGGAUGAGGAAGAGGUGAUUGAGGUCGUCCCUCUGCCUGAGAGGAUCAAGAGGAGGGUGGAAGCAAAGAGGGACACGGCUUUUGAGCCUCUCCAGCCGGGCGACCAGCCUAAUAGGCCCCUGGGAAGCAGAGUAAGCCCAGAAACAUCUCACCCUCCCAAGAAGCUAAAAUAUAGUCAGAAGGAAAGGGAGGCAAUCUGCCAGGCUGCAUGGCAGAGGAGGAAGGAGCGAGAAGCACAGAGGAAGCAGCAGGAGCAGGAAAAAGAGAGGAAGAAGGCCCUUGCCAAGAUGCUGAAAGCUCAGCGACCAGGGGAGUGCCAGAAAUACAUAACAGCGGUGCUAGAUCCAGUUCUUUUGCAGGUAGAAGGUGGUGGACACAUCCUUAGUGCUCUGCAGGCUGCAAAUUAUUCCUGUGUGGUUGAGAAUCAGGCUAUUCCAUGCAGCAUCACCUGGAGGAGAAAGACUGUGUCAUCUCAGAUGGAAGGAGGAGAUGAAUGGACAGAAGAACCAAAUGUCCUGGUUCUGCUUCGCUUGGAGGAGUUUUUGUCCAUGGUUCACAACUACAAACAAGAGGCUCAGGGGUGCACAGAAGGACAGAAGGAGACCCUACAGAGCUAUGUAGCUCAUGUGAUGGAGAAAAUGCCUGGAAAAAUUCUGGCACUGGCAGUAGUCGAAGUAGAAAAUUAUUUCAGGUCUCUUGGAGUUCAGUCAAAAAAGAGAAUGCGACACCCAGCAGGGAGUGGAAACCAAGCGAAGGAACAGGGAAAAUGGAGAAAACAGGAAGUUAAGGAUUCUGGGCUGGGGAUAACCAGAAUGGAUGUGGAAGAAGCCUUGGUGGAUCUGCAGCUGGACAAACAAGUCCAAGUCAGCUUUUUUGAGAGCUGGGAGGAGUUUGGAGAAUUUGCCAUGAUGUUCACAAAAGCUGUAGCUGAAGCACCGUUCAAGCGAGAGCGAGAGAAGACGGGGUUCUCUUUCUACUUGGAGAAGGGGUGGUGUGGAGGGGUGAAGGUGGAUCAUUCCGGAAAGGGGCUUUUGGAAGUUUGGAAGAGGCAGAUACAACAAUUUAACCGGGUCAGCCUCGAGAUGGCUGAGGCUAUUGUGUCUGCCUACCCUUCUCCGCAGCUUCUGAACCAGGCCUACAGCCGAUGCUCCUCGGAGCAGGAGCGGACAAACAUGCUGGCUGAUAUCCCUGUGCACCGUGGUGACGGCGUGACAGCCACCUCCCGGCGGAUCGGACCAGAACUCUCCCGACGAAUCUAUCUGCAGAUGACUUCCCCCGAUCCUGAUCUCUAUUUGGAUUCCACUGGGUAG